GUCAGGGUAGUGGUUAGAACUGUCUAUUCUUAGCAAACAGCAGGAAAACUUAGAUUAAACAUCACAAGGAACCAUUAAAUUAUUUGGAGAUAAUUUCUCAAGCCUUUCUUAUAUACAAUUGAGAGAAAUAUUAAUCGUGGUUUAAAACAUUUGCAAGUAAGUAAAAUAUUCAAAUUUUAGUAAUAGUGCAUGAGUUUGGAUCAUCUGUUUAAUUUCCCAUACUAGUAGUUUCUCUGUCCCAAAUGAUUAUGAAAAAGUACAGGAUAAAAAUAAGUUUAUGAUCCAUGGGAGAGUAAAGUUGAAACAAUGCCUAGAUUGUUUUUUAUCAGAACUAGAGUCUUGAGUUUAGUAACUGACAGACUAAUACAUGAUUGAAAAAAAUUUCAGCAAGGAAUUAUUCUUGCCAUCUAACGGCAGUCACGGAAAAUAAUUCCUUGAAAUUUUAACUCCUUUUUCUUUUAUUCUUCCAACAGAUGAAUUUCCACACUCUUACAUGGCUCCUGAAAAUCUCACUGGGGUGACGGAGUUCAUUCUCAUGGGAGUCUCAGACCGUCCUGAACUUCAGCUCCCUCUUUUCUUUGUCUUUCUUGUAAUCUAUGGGCUGACCGUUGUAGGCAACCUGGGCAUCAUCACCCUCACCAGUGUGGACUCCCGUCUUCAAACCCCCAUGUACUUUUUUCUGCGACAGUUGGCUAUCAUCAAUUUUGGCAAUUCUACCGUCAUUGCCCCUAAAAUGCUGACCAAUUUCUUAGUAAAGAAGAAAACCACUUUUUAUUAUGAAUGUGCCACCCAAAUGGGUGGGUUCUUAUUUUUCAUUGUAGCUGAGGUUUUCGUGCUAGCUGUGAUGGCCUAUGACCGCUAUGUGGCCAUUUGUAACCCCCUGCUCUACAUGGUGGUGGUAUCUCCGCAGAUCUGUCUUCUGCUGGUAUCCAUAGCAUAUGUCUAUGGCUUUUCUACAGGUAUCGUGGUUCCUUCUUGUGUAUUUGCUAUGUCUUACUGUUCUUCCAAUGUCAUCAACCAUUUUUACUGUGACAUUGUUCCCCUGUUAGCAUUGUCCUGCUCUGAUACUUAUUUCCCAGAAACAGUAGUCUUUAUUUCUGCAGCUACAAAUUUGGUUCUCUCUGUGAUUAUAGUUCUAAUAUCCUAUUUCAACAUUGUCUUGUCCAUUCUCAGGAUACAUUCAUCAGAAGGAAGGAAAAAAGCCUUCUCCACCUGUGCUUCACAUAUGAUGGCCGUCACAGUGUUCUAUGGAACACUGCUAUUCAUGUAUUUGCAGCCUAAAACUGACCAUUCAUUAGAUUCUGAUAAAAUGGCUUCGGUGUUCUAUACACUGGUGAUCCCUAUGCUGAAUCCUAUGAUCUACAGCUUGAGGAACAAGGAUGUGAUAGCUGCCUUCAAGAGAUUCCUGUCAAACCCAUGCUAUUCCUUUAAACCAAUGUAAUUUCAGACGAUUUUAGUAAAUGAUAAAAUGUUAAUGUAGGUUGCAGGUUAUUAGCAUAAUGGAAAUUUUCAUAUAAAUUGAAUCAUACAAUAAUAGUCAUUUGUGUCUGGUUUCUUUCAUUCAUUUUAUUUAUUUAUUUUUGCAUUUCGUUCAUGU